AUGGUCCAAGCGUGGACCCCAGAUUUUGAUUCGCUUAGGCACGAUAUCACGACUACUCCAGUAUGGGUGAGACUCACCAACAUCCCGGUUACGUUCUAUCACAAAGCUAUCCUUAUGGGUAUAGCCAAGGGGCUAGGAAAACCGGUAAAGGUGGAUCUGACGACAAUGAAUUUCGAGAGAGCACGGUUCGCAAGAGUUUGCGUGGAGGUAAAUCUCGCGAAACCGUUGAAGGGGACGAUUCUGAUAAAUGGUGAUCGAUACUUUGUGGCGUAUGAAGGGUUAAACGUGAUCUGCUCGGGAUGUGGUUUGUAUGGGCACUUAGUUCACAAUUGUCCGAAAGCAGCGGCUCCUAUGGUCACAGCCCCUGUGAGAACGACUGGUGUGGCAUCGGCUUCAAUGAGUCAAAACAUGGUGGAGGAAAGGAGAGAAACAUCUCAGGCUGAGAUGGAGUUUCAAACAGUAAGAGGAUCGAGACGUAAAUCGGCGGGAUCAACAGUGAGUCCGGCGGCGGAGCCGGUAGCGUUCACCGCAUGGUCGUCUGGGGGAGUGGAAGCGCGUAAAUCGCGGAAUAUCUUGGCGAAUAUUCCCAAGACGAAUAUUCCAAAUUCGAAUAGAUUUGAUAGCUUGGCGGUGGAUACGGAGCUAACAGAAUCAAGGGAAGAUGGGGUUUUGGUGGAGGUGGAUAAGGAAAAUGUGAAUGAUGGGAAUAUCCACGGGAUUGAGAAGAGUACGGGACACGGUAAUCAACUUUCGCUGGGAGGGAAAAUGAAUAAGAGGACAGAUACAAACAAACUUGGGCCGAGGGGUAAACGGGCCGGGAAGGCGAGCUCUAGUUUGGCCCAGAAGAAGAAUGUCCCGAAUGGACAAAAUAGGCCCAUGAGGGGUUUGGUCUUUGGCCCAACAACAGGAGAGGUCGAGAGAUCGGAUUCGGGGAAGAGGCUUCGUACGGAGAGUGGAAACAUCGGGAGAGUGGGAGGAACGUUUCCGAUUGCCGAGGAUGAAGCAUAUGUCGAACAGGGCACGCCGCUUGACCUCAUGUGUGUGCAGAGCGACUUACCGAGUAACCCGAUACAUGGAGAGCCGUCAGAAGGGGAGAUGCGUGAAGCAACAUCGCCGCAGGAGGCGACGGCGCUGACGAAGUGCUGA